CUUCCCUCCCGCUGCAGCCCGGGAUCGGCCCCAACUUCCUGCCGGGCGCUGGGAAGCCGCGCUCGGGCUGGGGUCCCCGGGGGCCGCGCUAGCAGCUGGCCGAGUCGGAGGCCAGGGGGCUGGCCGUGGGCGGGAGCCGCCCGCAGCCUCAACCCCUUCCGAAAGCGACUUUCAAACUCGCGCCCGCGUCGUCGCGCCACCUGGGCGGCCGUGCACGCCGUGCGCGGGACCCGGCGGGCGGCCACAGCUGGGAAAGUGCCUUUGCAGCCCCUCCUCUGCUCGGUCUGGAGUGGAAUCCUGAGUGACUUAGCUGGGAGUACUUUACCCCGACCAUCCUCAGCAGAAAACCUAGGGAGUAAGGACCCAAGGAAACUCCAGUAAAAUGUUGAAUGGAAGUGCCAUGAAGGGGACAUCCUCGUCUUAUUCCUAGUCUCAAGAAUCUCUCCAGAGCGCUCCCGCCAGGCAGCGAUGCCAGGAUGCCCGUCUCUGCCUCCCUCCGCCAGGACGGCAGCCAGGAGCGGCCCGUGAGCCUGACCUCCACCGCGUCCUCGUCGGGCUCCUCCCGUGACAGCCGAGGUGCCAUGGAGGAGCCUAGUGGCCCCGAGGCCUUAGCCAAGAAUGGGGCAGGCUCCCCGCGUGGCCGGCAUCCCCCCAACAGCAACAACAACUCUAGCAGCUGGCUGAACAAGAAAGGACCCCUGUCCCCAUUCAACAGCCGGGCGUCGGCGGCACCUGUGCACAAGCUCAGCUACCUGGGCCGUGUGGUGCGGGAAAUCGUGGAAACGGAGCGCAUGUACGUGCAGGAUCUGCGCAGCAUCGUGGAGGACUACCUUUUGAAGAUCAUCGACACACCUGGGCUGCUGAAGCCGGAACAAGUCAGUGCCCUCUUUGGGAACAUAGAAAACAUCUAUGCACUGAACAGCCAGCUACUCAGAGACCUGGACAGCUGCAAUAGUGACCCCGUGGCUGUCGCCAGCUGCUUUGUGGAAAGGAGCCAAGAGUUUGAUAUCUACACCCAGUAUUGCAACAACUACCCCAACUCGGUGGCUGCCCUGACGGAGUGCAUGCGGGACAAGCAGCAGGCUAAGUUCUUCCGGGACAGGCAGGAGCUGCUGCAGCACUCACUGCCCUUGGGCUCCUACCUGCUGAAGCCAGUCCAGCGCAUCCUCAAAUACCACCUGCUGCUCCAGGAAAUUGCCAAACAUUUUGAUGAAGAAGAAGAUGGCUUUGAGGUGGUGGAGGAUGCUAUUGACACCAUGACCUGUGUGGCCUGGUACAUCAAUGACAUGAAGAGAAGGCAUGAGCACGCAGUCCGACUCCAGGAGAUUCAGUCGCUGCUCAUCAACUGGAAGGGGCCGGACCUGACCAUCUAUGGGGAGCUUGUCCUGGAGGGCACAUUUCGUGUGCACCGUGUGCGCAACGAGAAGACUUUCUUCCUCUUUGAUAAAGCACUGCUCAUCACCAAGAAGCGGGGCGACCACUUUGUCUACAAGGGUCACAUCCCGUGCUCCUCCCUCAUGCUGAUUGAAAGCACCAGAGACUCCCUGUGCUUCACCGUCACCCACUACAAGCACAGCAAGCAGCAGUACAGCAUCCAGGCCAAAACAGUGGAGGAGAAACGAAACUGGACUCACCACAUCAAGAGGCUCAUUCUAGAAAACCACCACACCACCAUCCCCCAGAAGGCCAAGGAAGCCAUCUUGGAAAUGGAUUCCUAUUAUCCCAAUCGGUACCGCUACAGCCCAGAGCGCCUGAAGAAGGCUUGGUCCUCCCAGGACGAGGUGUCGACCCAUGUGCGCCAGGGGCGCCGGCAAUCUGAGCCGACCAGACACCUGCUCAGGCAGCUCAGCGAGAAAGCAGCCAGAGCAGCAGCUGCAGGAAUGAAGCAUGCGGGCAGUGCUGGCACUCUCCUGGACUUUGGGCAGCGCCCCCGUACUCGGGGUCUGCAGCCGGAGGCUGAAGGGGCUGCCCGGGAGGAGCAGGAGGAGCAGGAGGAGGAGGAGGAGGAGGAGCAGGCUUUUCAGGUCUCUCUGGAGGACCUGGCAGGGCAUGAAGGCAGCGAAAAGGGGUCUGGGCCGGAGCCCCCAGGCUCAGAGGAAGAGGAGGAGGAGGAGGAGGAGAGCCUGGCAGUGGCGGAGCAGGUAGCCGACUUUGCCAGCUCCCUGCUGGCCGCCCUCCACUGCUGGCACUAUCGGGCCAACGCUUUACUUUUCUCCCGGGGCGCUAUGGGAAAGGGGCGCAGGGAGUCUGAGGAUCCUAAGAGCUGCCGGAGACCCAGUAGCCGGUCUCCAACCAGUGCUGAGAAACGUAUGAGCUUUGAGUCCAUCUCUUCCCUGCCGGAGGUUGAUCCAGACCCUGAGCCGGGGACAGAGCAGGAGGUGUUUGCUGCCCUGGAAGGUCCCAGCGCUGAGGAGAUGCCCUCAGAUACAGAGUCUCCAGAAGUCCUGGAAACACAGCUCGACGCCCAUCAGGAGCUGCUGGGACUGGCCCACCCAAGUGACAUGGUGGAAUUCGUGGUGGCAGAGAGCACCGAGGACAUUAAGGCCCUGAGCAGUGAGGAGGAGGAGGAGGAGGAGGAGGAAGAGGAAGAAGAAGAAGAAAUGGGGGCUGCCCAAGAGCCAGAGAGCCUUCUGCCACCCUCUGUGCUGGACCAGGCCAGUGUCAUUGCUGAGCGGUUCGUCAGCAGCUUCUCUCGGCGGAGCAGCCUGGCACUGGAGGAUGGCAAGCCCACUGGCUUCGGGACCCCAAGGCUGACCAGCCGGAGCAGCAGUGUGCUCAGCCUAGAGGGCAGUGAGAAGGGCCCGUCCCGGCAUGGCAGCACCACAGACUCCCUCAGCUCUCAGCUCUCCCCAGAAAUGGACCUCAGUGUGGGGGUGGCCACAGAGAGUGGCCCUUCUGUCAAUGGGACAGAGCCCCCAAGCCCAGGCUGCCCAGUGGAGCCUGACAGGUCUUCCUGCAAGAAGGAAUCGAUGCUCUCUACCCGAGAUCGGCUGUUGCUGGACAAAAUCAAGAGCUACUAUGAAAAUGCAGAGCACCACGAUGCCAGCUUUAGCAUCCGGCGCCGGGAGAGCCUCUCCUAUAUCCCCAAAGGCCUGGUGAGGAACUCGGUUUCCAGGUUCAACAGCCUUCCCAGGCCGGACCCAGAGCCAUUGGCUCCACUGGGGCACAAGAGACAGGUGGGCUCUCGGCCAGCUUCAUGGGCCUUGUUUGACCUUCCAGGACCAGGCCAGGCAGGUGCUGGGGACCCAGCUCCUAUCACAGAUGCUGAGUUCCGCCCUUCUUCAGAAAUUGUGAAGAUCUGGGAGGGGAUAGAGGCUUCCGGGGGGAGCCCUCGGAAGGGGCCAGGCCAAGGUCAGGCCAAUGGCUUUGACCUGCAUGAGCCACUCUUCAUCCUGGAGGAACAUGAGCUGGGGGCCAUCACCGAGGAGUCGGCCACUGCCUCACCGGAGAGCGCCUCACCCACCGAGCGGCCCAGCCCUGCCCACCUUGCCCAGGAGCUGAAGGAGCUGGUGAAAGAGCUGAGCAGCGGCUCCCAGGGAGAGCUGGUGGCCCCGCUGCACCCCCGCAUCGUGCAGCUCUCCCACGUGAUGGACAGUCAUGUGAGUGAGAGAGUCAAGAACAGGGUCUACCAGUUGGCCCGCCAGUACAGCCUCCGGAUCAAGAGCAAGGCAGGGACAACCAGGCCACCACUGCAGUGGGAGAGAGCGGCUCCCAUCAUUCCCUGCCUGCAGGAGGAAGCUGGAACACAGUCUGGUGGCAAAGGUAAGAGAAAGCCAGUGCUGUCUCCCCUCAACCACGAGCAAACAUUGGCCCAGAAGCACAGCCCGCCCAAGCCCUGCUCUGCAGGGGAGACGUCACCGCAGCAUUUCUCCUUCAGCCCUUCUGCCACCAACCCGAGGACCACCUCACCUGGCGCCCGGCCCUCCGCCAGAAGCCCCCUCAGCCCCUUGGACACUGAGACCUUCAACUGGCCUGAUGUCCGAGAGCUCUGCUCCAAAUACGCCUCCCACGAUGAGGCGGUCCAGGCUGAGGGCAGCCGGUCCCGAGGUCUGCCUGUCAAUCGGAGCCGCUCGGUGCCAGAGAACAUGGUGGAGCCUCCUCUGUCGGGCAGGGUGGGCCGCUGCUGCAGCCUGAGAGCCAAGCGUGGCCGGGCAGGCCCAGAGGCUGCUCAGUCCCAGCCUCCCGGGCCAGAUGGAGAGGAUGCCCCCCUGUACGUCACGGCAGAUCUCACCCUAGAGGACAACCGGCGGGUGAUUGUCUUGGAGAAGGGGCCCCUGCCUGGCCCUGCCGCGGGGCUGGAGGAGGGCAGUGGGCAGGGACCGAGCUCACCAGCAGACAUGGUGGGGCAGGGCCAGGAUUUGCAGGAGUCUGCAGAGUAUCAGCUGAAGGAAGAAGGUCCUAGGGACCCAGUGGACCCAAGCCAGCAAGGCAGAGUGAGAAACCUAAGGGAGAAAUUCCAGGCCUUGAACUCUGUAGGUUGACUCUGAGUCCUGGGGGAGGGAGGGGCUGGGGGAUGGGGCGGAACCUUGGCACACAGGAGCUCACCUCACAGGAGCCCCACUCAGCCCUCGGGAAGUCCCUGCCCUGGAACAGUGCUCUGGUGUACUCAGCAAGUGCCCUCAUCUGUUGUGAAAGUGUUGCUGCUCCGCCAGGCGCACGAUGACUUUCCACAGGCCCAGAGGAGCCCCGCUUCCCUGAGGCCCAUGUGGCCACCUCCCUUGUAUAUAGUUCUUCUCUGAUAAGAAGCCAAAUAUUUAAGCUCACCUCUUCCCAGGGAGAGCAAGCCCUGCUCAGGCCUCCAGCGUUGGCUGGGCACUGCCAGACUGAGGAGCCCAGCCAGAGGAGAUGCAAGAAAGUGGCCUGGGGAGGCUUUGCUCUUUAUCUGUGCCUUUUCU